AACAAGAUGGGAGUCACUGCCAUGCUUAUGCUGCCUUUGCUGCUCUUGGGAAUUAGUGGCCUUCUCUUUAUCUACCAAGAGGUGUCCAGGUUGUGGUCAAAGUCAGCUGUGCACAACAAAAUUGUGGUGAUCACUGAUGCCAUUUCUGGUCUGGGAAAGGAAUGUGCUCGGAUAUUCCAUGUGGGUGGAGCAAGGCUUGUGCUAUGUGGAAAGAACUGGGAGAAAUUAGAGAUUCUAUAUGAUUCCUUGAUUAAUGUAGCUGACCCAAGCAAGACGUUCACUCCAAAGUUGAUCCUCUUGGAUCUCUCAGACAUCAGCUGCAUCCAGGAUGUGGCAAAAGAGAUCCUGGAUUGUUAUGGUUGUGUGGAUAUUCUCAUCAAUAAUGCCAGUAUAAAGGUGAAGGGACCUGCCCACAAGAUUUCAUUGGAUCUUGACAAAAAGAUCAUGGAUGCCAAUUACUUUGGACCCAUCACCUUGACCAAAGCUCUGCUUCCUAACAUGCUCUCUCGGAGAGCAGGUCAAAUCAUAUUAGUGAAUAACAUCCAAGGGAAGUUUGGAAUUCCAUUUCGUACAGCCUAUGCAGCCUCCAAACAUGCUGUGCUAGGUUUCUUUGACUGCCUUCGAGCUGAAGUGGAGGAAUAUGAUGUUGUGGUCAGCACAGUAAGCCCAACAUUCAUCCAGUCAUACCACACUCCUACUGGCCAAGGAAACUGGGAAACUUCUAUUCGGAGAGUCUUUUUCAGGAAGCUGACCUAUGGGACGAAUGCUGUGGAUGUGGCUGAAGAGGUGAUGCGCAUAGUGAGGCGAAGAAAGCAAGAGGUUCUCAUGGUCAAUCCCAUCCCCAAGGCUGCUGUGUACAUCCGUACCUUCUUCCCAGAGUUAUUUUUUGCUGUGGUGGCCUGUGGGGUGAAGGAGAAGCUCAAUGUUCCAGAAGAGGGUUCAUAG